AUGGCGACAAACAACUGUACCGACUAUCGAGCCGGUAACACCAAACCAGGCCCCCAAAUUAUUAGCACUGGCCAACCACUCGGCCAUCCAGAUACUGAGGAUCUUGAUACUGAAGAUGUCGAUCCCAAAGAUGACAAGGUCGACAAAAAAAUCGACCUCCUCGAUAGUGCAGCCGGGGGUGCACCAGACACCCAAGGGUCAAACCUACCAAAGUUGACCCAAGUCAUAAUCACGAACGUGCCUCGACUGAAGCCCAACUCAAAGGACCCAGAAAGAUGGGCUCUUCGCGUGAGAUACGCACUGGCCUAA